AUGUCCAACUCCAUCCCACUAGACAACACGACUCUGGGCAACACCAGCCGUCUCCAGUAUUCAACGCGCAAGGGCCAGUCCCAGACGUCUGCCUUUGCCGACUGUCGACUCAAUGCGCGCCGGUUCGUCAUCUUAACGGACCCAGACUUUAAUGCCCGACGUCUGCCAGGUGGUUCCAGCUACUACCGUACGAGAGAGAUCUGGGAUCUUGAGCGGGUCAGGAGUUGUUUUGGGGCCACCCCAGUGAGCAAGGAUGAUGACCCUUUGGGGACCACCUUGCUGAGGUCUUGA